AUAGUCAGUGGAGUCGAAUAUAUUCACUCGGAGAAGCACAUCCACAGGGACCUUAAGCCUGAAAACAUCCUGUUUGGACUGAAUGGAGAGGUGAAGAUUGGGGACUUUGGUCUGGUCACCAGAGAUGCUGAUGAUGACUCUGCUUUGAUGAAGAGAUCAGAAAACAAAGGAACCACAACUUACAUGGCUCCUGAACAAAAGACAGAGAGGAACUAUGGCCGUAAAGUGGACAUAUUUGCUCUGGGGUUGAUAUACUUUGAGCUCCUCAGGAAACUCUCUACUGGCCACGAAAGGGGGAAGAUUUGGGAUGAUGCCAGAAGCCAGAAGCUCCCCGAAGAGUUUUCACAGACUUUUCCUGAAGAGGACCAAAUCAUCAAGUCAAUGCUGUGUGGGAAGCCAGAGGACCGACCUGAAGCAAGUCAGCUGAAGGCAAAGCUGGAGGAGUUGACGCAGACACUUAACGCACAAAACAUGAGCCGGGAAAAUGCAACUGCCUAGAGUUAUGAUAAGUCAUAGGAGCGUGUAGGAUGAUGUAUUUUUACAAUUUUAUAUACUGUUAUUAAUUCUGCAUAGUAUAUUUUUAACCAGUUAAUGAAUGGGGGCCUAUGUGUUUUUUAAUCCAUGAAUGAAACCAAAGUUUGAAGUUUAUCAUGAUUUUAAAAAGUUGUUUUUUAAAAAUAAUUCACAUCUGUUUUGCUUUUAUUCUACGUAAUCAUGCUGGUAAUUUCAGUGCAAUUUACAUUAUAUUCCAUGCUGGGAAAUGGUUAAUGUAUUUUAAGUGAUGUCACAUUAAAGCCUUUGUUUUUUACUGGA